CUUACUUUACGUGAAAAAAAGCUACAACAAAAUCGAUUUGUCUCUACUUCGAACGGGGUACGACAUUUUCUGUGGUGCAGUUGCAUUUCCGAAAUUAUUUCAGUGAACCAACGAAAAAAAAGAGAGUAAAGUGCAAAUAGGUAGGAGAAUAGCAAAUAGGCGACACAUACACACACCGACCGACUGAUAGUGCAGCAGUUAUUCGUGCAAACUUUUCGUUUAAUCAAACGAAAGAAGAAGAAAAAAAACCAACCAGCCCAACAAGAAUUAUUUGAUUUUCCCGAGGUGCGUUUAUGCAAAAAACAUGCAGCCAUUUGAAAAUAACGAAAACGAAGGAUACGAUUACGAUCCAAAACAAAGGCCUCCGCCACAGAAGUUUCAUGUUCGGCCCCGCGUUGAUCCCGAGGCUGAGGGUGAAGUUGAUCCAGAAGCGUACCCACAACCAAAGGAAUCAACGCAUAAAAUUCGAGGACGUGCUGAUAUAAUCGAAAUGAUUUUCGGUGCCGUUGAUCAGGAGCUGCUUUUUGUGAAAACGUUUUAUUUCUUCUUCUACUCGGCAUUCGGUUCCCUGUUCCCGUUGAUGGGUGUUUAUUUUAAGCAAAUGGGUAUGAAUCCGCUGCAGGGUGGAUUUUUGAUUGGAUGUCGGCCGUUCGUGGAGUUUUUAUCGGCGCCAUUCUGGGGCUCAUACGCCGAUCGCUGUAAAAAGGGAAAAAUGCUUUUGCUCGCCUCGUUGACGUCAUGGAUUCUGUUUACGCUACCCAUUGGAUUUAUUCAGCCACCGGCGACGAGUUGCGUUCAGGCCUACAAUUCCACGUCAUUCCAAUUGAUUGAGCCGCAAGUGACAUCACCGCGUAUCCAUAAACGUUCCAUAGGCAAUGCACCAGCCGAUGCAUUAGGUGAAUUGAGCGAAGCAUUGGCAACGUUCGACAACAACAAUAACAACAAUACAGUGAAACGUACACGACGUGAUGCUCCAUGGGUUGAUGCUGGCAUAUCCCCAAUUGCCGUGAACUAUGCAACCAAUUACAAUGUGAAAAAGCACAAAAACUGGGUAUCACCACUGUUCUCUUCCAUUGUGUACACAUACGAUGACAUUCAGAAAGCGUUCUUCUUGCUGUUCCUGUUAAUUGUGAUCGGUGAAUUUUUCAGUGCACCGGCAAUCACAUUGGCCGAUUCGGCAGUUAUUACGUUGCUUGGUGACAAUGCCGAUAAAUACGGGCAUCAACGUAUGUUUGGUUCAUUGGGCUGGGGUUUGGCGAUGUUUUUUGUCGGCAUUGCGUUGGAUCAUUCGACCGCAUUCCCAAGCCAUCCAUGCGGACCGGAAAAACAAGAGAAAAACUAUGCCAUUUGUUUUGCCACAUUCUCCGUGCUGAUGGGCGCCGCUCUGUUGACCGCUACUCAAAUCACAUUCAAGUAUGAUGAAUCCGGUGAUUCGGAUGCGGCCGAAAAAGCGCCCGAACAGAAAACAUCGUACGAAGACGAUGAAAUGCAAAAUCAAUUGGCCGAACAAUUACAGUUGCCAUCAUUGGCGGCUGGACCGCGUGAACCAGUACAUGCGCAAGCGCCACCUGCACUUGGCGCUCAAACGAAAAUGUUUGCGCAAACCACACGUGAAAUUCCCGAAUGGGUUACUAUCAUCAGUCAUUUCAAAGACUUGAAACGUGCCUCAUUUUUAUUUGUUGCUUUUUUCAUGGGUUUCGGCAUCGGACUUAUAUUCACAUUUCUAUUUUGGCAUCUACAAGAUUAUGGCGGCUCGCCAACAUUGUUUGGCGUUGCGUCAGUCAUCAAUCACAUAUCGGAAAUUUUCGCCUACUUCUUUAGUUUUCGGUUAAUCACACAAAUUGGACAUGUCAAAGUAUUAUGUCUUGGACUGAUUGGAAAUAUUUUACGAUUUUUGUACAUCUCCUAUUUGACAAACCCAUGGUAUGUUUUACCAUUCGAAUUUAUGCAAGGAAUUACUCAUGCUGCUGUUUGGGCCGCUUGUUGUUCGUACAUUUCACACAGUACACCACCACACCUUCGCUCAUCGGCUCAAGGUGUAUUGCAAGGACUUCAUCAUGGUUUGGGCCGUGGUUGUGGUGCGGUAUUUGGAGGUUUCUUCGUUCGUUACUUGGGAACAACGGCUACCUUCCGUGGAUAUGGUAUCAUAUGCAUGUUCAUAUUGGGUGCAUUCAUAUUCAUCAACUUCUACCACAAAGAGCAUGGUUUCAUCACUGAGAUUCCACAGAGCGAAGAUCCUCACAAGGUGGCCGAAGAAACUUCACAUUUGGCACCGCACGGUGUACCAUCAAAUCCAAUACCGCGAGCGUUAUCAAGUUCCCGCUUGAAUGAUUUGCAAAAUCAAAAUGGUGAAACCUAUGGUACUUAUCAAACAAGUGCCGGUGGCAAUCUGGAUAUUCCUGGCGGCACAAGAAAUCCAUUCCAAAAGUAAAUUGCAUUAUCAGCAGCUGUGGAUUUCCUAAAUCCAAAAUGAUUUUAAAGAAAAUGCAAAAGAAUGGAAGCAAACAGCAACAGUAACAUAUUUAAUAUUAUACAUAUGAACAUAAACAAAAACAAGAAAAA